AUGGCCGGUGUGGGAAUAAAGGGCGUGGGAGAGCGGAAAAAAAUUGCGGGCUCCACACAAGAGAAAACCGCAAACACCCCGUUAAACCUCCACGGUGACUGCAUACGCCGGCGCUGCUGCCUCGCACAACUUCGAGGGGGAGCUGUCCGCGGCGAGCGAAGUUCGGCAUCUCCUUCUCGCCGCUCCGUGGCGGCGAUGCCACCUCGGGCUAUCAGCAUAAAGGUGGCGAGGGAAGAAGAUUUGUCCUCACACAUUGGAAACGAUGGCUUCUAUUUUGAUCUCGUCGACUUCGACAGGGUGAGGGCUUUCCAGAUCCCGGAUAACACGACUAUGUCCCGAUUGAAGGAGGAAAUUGCAGUAGAGUUCAGCAUCCCAUCUCAAUUUCAGCGCCUCUGGUUGUUUUGUAAAAGGCAAAACGGGACAUGGCGUCCUGUUAGGCCAUUCUCUACCGAAGAAAACAAUCUAUCUAUGACUAGCCUUCAUAAACUAUUGUCAAGGACCUUCUUGUUCCUGAAUCCUGAUGGUGUGAAGCUGUUUUUGGAGGUGCUCAAUGAUUCUUCCCCACAAAAUCUGAGCAACGAUGAUGGAUUAGUGUUUUUAAAGCUUUAUGACCCAGAACAAACGCAGAUACGAUAUAUUGGAAUGCUGUUUGUAAAAGCUUCAUCAAGGCCUUCAGAUAUUCUUCCGAAACUAAGAAGUCUAGCUGGUUUUUGUGCAGAUGAGGAAAUGGAAUUAUAUGAGGAAAUCAAAUUCGAACCUUCUGCCAUGUGUGAAGCCAUAGAUGCCAAUAUUACAUUUUCAGAAAGCCAGAUUGGGCAUGGGGAUAUCAUUUGCUACCAGAAAAGCUCGAAGUCUUUGAGCCACCAUGCAUACCCUUCUGUUGAAAUAUUCUUCAAGCGUAUUCAUGAUUUGAAGGCAGUUGUUCCGGGGGAGCAAAGGAAGAUAUUAGCUCUGGAAGAGGAGGUUGCUAGGUUAAAACAUCAGUCUGACCUUCAAACAGAGAAGGCAAACAUGGAAUGCCAGCGAUUUAAACGUGAGCGAGACAAUGCGGUACGACAGCUGAAUGAGCUGCAGGAUCAGAAUCCUCAGAUUUUCCUCGAGUUUCCCAUCACAAAUUUGCUGCAAGCAACGGAGAACUUCAGUGACCUGUGUAAGGUUGGAGACACCGAAUAUGGACGUGUAUAUAAAGGCAUUAUACACGAUACUACAGUAGCUAUCAAGCUAUGCAGAUCUGAUAUUUUAUUUCAACAAGAGGUUUCUAUUCUUCGUCAAGGCAGACAUCCAAGCAUUGUCAACUGCAUUGGAAAAUGUUCUGAAGUUUCAGCUCUUGUGUACGAGUGGUUGCCAAACGGAAACCUCCAAGAUCACAUUGUUUGUGCUAAUGGCUCUACACCUCUCUCGUGGCAGAUCCGCACACAGAUCAUCGGUGAGAUUUGUUCUGCGCUGCUGUUCCUGCAUUCGUGUGAGCCUCAUGCUUUGGUCCAUGGCGAUCUACGUCCUUGUAACAUAUUUGCCAAUGCCAACUUCAGAAGCAAGAUCUGCAACUUUGGUAUGUUAACCCUGUUUCUCCAGCCCGGCAACCACCAACCAGCUCUGACAGCCAGGUUGCCAUACCUGGACCCGGAGUUCCUCACCACCGGAGAGCUCACACCCCUUUCUGAUGUCUACUCUCUGGGUGUUAUCAUCCUGUGUCUCUUGACUGGAUUGCCUCCCUUGACUAUUGCAAAGAAAGUUUCAGAAGCAUUGGAGAAUAAUAGCUUGCACACGCUGAUUGAUAAAUCAGCAGGGAACUGGCCUUAUGUACAAGCCAAGCAGUUAGCCGUCAUUGGUCUUAGCUGUGUGGAAAUGACGAGGGAAAAGCGACCUGAUCUCUUAACAAAGGUAUGGCCAGUUGUUGAGCCCCUUAUCAGGAAGCCUCCUGCAGCCCCAUGGCCAUAUGUCCAAUCGGCAGUUACAGGAAGUUCCGCGCCUGGCCACUUGAUUUGUCCAAUUCGCAUGGAUAUUAUGAAGGAUCCUCAAGUGGCAUCUGAUGGAUUCACUUACGAAGCAGAAGCCAUAAGGCGCUGGUUUGAUGGCGGGAACAACAGGUCUCCGAUGACGAACUUGCCGCUAGCAAAUCGUGAUCUCGUCCCAAAUCGCGCCGUCCUCUCUUCCAUCCAGGAGUACCAUGAACAGCAGAGGCAGCCAGGUUCCUGA